CACGAAUUGCUUUGUAGGCUCAGAUUAGUACGUAUGGUUUCAAGCAAUUUUCCAUCAACCCCCACCACACACAACAACCAUGUCAGUGGUGCUGAGAUGUGUCUCUGUGUUGUGCAGUGUCCGCGGUGCAGUGGUGCGGCGGCAGGGCUUGCACACGGGCAGGCGCGCUGCCAUGGCCGUCACCACCCCAGGCGCACAGGAGGCUUUGGUGAAGUGUGACGUGGAGGAUCGUGUGGCCACCAUCACCUUGAACGACCCCAAGCGCCUCAACGCGCUCACAGAGGCCAUGGGAGACGAGCUCGUGCAAGUUGUGGAGCAGCUGCAGACGAACACGGAUGUCCGUGCGGUCGUGCUGACUGGUGCUGGCAACGCCUUCAGUGCAGGCGGCGAUUUGAACUUUUUGCAAGCGCGUAUUGACACGCCAAGCAAGCACGCCAACAACCGCACCAUGCGCAACUUCUAUGCCCGAUUUCUCUGCAUUCGCAAGCUGAAUGUCCCCGUCAUCGCCGCCGUCAAUGGCGCGGCUGUCGGUGCCGGGUUGUGUUUGGCCACAGCAUGCGACCUUCGUGUCGCACACACGUGCGCCAAGAUGGGCUACACGUUUGCAAAGCUUGGCCUCCACCCGGGCAUGGCGGCCACACAUUUCGCAUCACAGGUCAUGGGACCACAGAUGGCUGCGCAGAUGCUGCUCACGGGCGAGUUGAUUGACGGGUCGGUUGCGAUGCAGCGGGGCCUCGUUGUCGAUGUUGCCAACACCCCUGAUGGCGCUGUUCGCAAGGCCACCGCACUUGCACGCGAUAUUGCGCAAUCCAGCCCCGUCGCAGUCCAGGAGUGCGUCAAGUCACUCAGGGUGCGGCAGGAUGCUGGGCUUGAGGACGCGUUGGCGCGAGAGGCGCAUGCACAGAGCAUUUCCUACGCGUCACAAGACAUUGUCGAAGGCAUUGCGGCUGUCAAGGAGAAGCGAAAGCCGGCGUUCUAAAGGCGCAGCCACAAUAGCAACACCACCGCCACCACAAUCACUCUCCAUACACCCUUCCUACCGCCAUUUUCCAGACGACAAGAACCACCACUUCAUUCACCCUGUCACUAGCACCUGUCCGUCUUAGUUCUGCAUGCGCCACCACGCUGCAGACGCUCAGCAUACCUGUGUGCGUGUAGAUGUACGUGUGUGAUUGUGUGUUGGUGUAGAUGUACGUGUAUGAUUGUGUGUUGGUGUAGAUGUA